AUGAAAAACAAUAAUAAUUUUAUUUAUUUUAUAUUUACAUUGUUUUUAAUAAUUAACUUUUAUCAUAAAGUAAAUUGUAUAGUAGAUCCAACAACAACAACAACAACAACAACAACAACAAACGAAGAUGAUAAUGAAAUAGUUUAUUUUGAUGAUGGUACAGAAGAAUUUGAAUUUAUAAGUGAAACUGAGUUACCAAUAAAAUUGAAUGGGUUGAAGGCAAAGGAUAUAUUUGCAAAUGCCUAUCAUUCAGGUAUAAUCAAUGAAAACGAUGAAUUUUAUCAUUGGGGUUUAUAUUCGAAUUUAGUCACAGAAGUACCAAACAAAAUUAAAAUUAAUAACGAUAAAAAGAUUAGUAAUGUUUCUUUAGGUGGUAAUUUUAUCAUAUUACAAACUAAAGAUGAUAAUCAAUUAUAUUCAAUUGGUAAAUCAAAAUAUGGAGUAUUGGGUAUUGGUAGAAGCAUUGAUGAUGACGACGAUAAUAAUAAUAAUAAUGAAAAGGUAUAUAAAAUUGAAAAAUUCAAUGAUAAUAUUAUAUCAAUAGUUAGUGGAUAUGAACAUAGUUUAGUUGUAACUAAAGAUGAUGGUAUCUAUGGAUGGGGUAGAAAUCAUAAGAAUCAAUUAGGUGGUAGAGAGAGGGUAAAGGAUAAAUCAUCAUCACCAUCGUCACCAUCAGAGGAUGAAUAUUACUCAAAACCAAUUAAAGUUUUAAAAGAGACCGAUCCAAUAUUUAAAGAUUUUAAAAAGAUUUGUUCAGGUAGUGACCAUAAUUUAUUGUUGGGUAAUGAUGGUUCAUUGUAUAGUUGGGGCAAUGGUUAUUUUGGUGCAUUGGGUCAUGGUGUAGGAUCGAAUGAUAAAGAGAAUAUUUAUACACCAAAAAAGAUAACAACGUUCACACUUAAUAAUAAUGAGAGCAGAAUAGUGGAUAUAGCAUGUGGAGGUUAUCAUUCAAUGUUUUUGACCAAUGAUAAUGAAAUCUACACUUUUGGAUACGGCGAAUUCGGUCAAUUAGGUCAUGGCGAGAAUGACACUUUGAAUCAUUACAUACCAAAAAGAAUUAAAUCCACUGGAGAUAAUGCUGCUGGUAAUAAAAUUAAAUCGAUUUUCGCUGGUGAUCAUGCAAAUUCAUUCUAUAUCACCACCGAUGGUUCCGUUUAUUCUUGGGGUUGGAAUGAUGGUGGUUCUUUAGGUCAUGGUACAAAUGAGAAUCAUUAUUCACCAAAGAAAAUUCAAUCAUUAUCAAAUAUUAAAAAAAUUACUUCAGGUUUUAAACAUACAUUAGCUCAAUCAAUCAAUAAUGAUAUUUAUGUUUUUGGUGAUAAUACUUUUGGUCAAACUGCUUUAAAAUUUAAUUAUAAUAGUAAUAAUAAUAAUGACAAAAAUAAUAAUAAUAAUAAUAAUAAUAAUAAUAAUAAUAAUAAUGACAAAAAUAAUAAUAAUAAUAAUGAUAAUAAUAAUAAUAAUAAUAAUAAUAAUUUAAAUUUAGGUACCAAUAAUGAUUUAUUUGAACAAAAAGAUUUUCAUAAAAUUUUAAAUUUAAAAUAA